AUGCGUCGUUUGAUCAAAGGAGAGCCGCUUCAGCCUAUGAUUCCAUGGUAUAAAGGUUUUACUGGCGAAAUAGUUGGUAGCAACAAUAACGGCAAAUUUGAAUCUCGUGGCAUUAUUAAUGUUAUUGAGAAUGGCACAGUUGAAAUUACUGAACUUCCUGUCAAAACUUGGACACAAACUUACAAAGAGAAAAUUAUUGAACCAAUGUUUGAUGGCUCAGAGAAGAAUAAACCGCAACUACUUCAAGACUACAAAGAAUAUCAUACAGACACUACUGUGCACUUUAUUUGUAGAUUAAAACCAGAUGACAUGGCAAAAGCAGAACAAAAGGGAUUGUACGAUGUGUUCUCGCUUAAAUCAAGUAUUAAUACUUCGAACAUGGUUUUGUUUGAUGCAGCAGGUUGUCUACGUAAAUUUGAAACGCCUGAACAAAUAUGCCAAGAAUUCUUUGACUGUAGAAAGGAAUUGUAUAAGAAGAGGAAAGCAUAUCUUGAAGGAAUGUUGCAAGCACAAAGUAAUCAAUUAAGUGAAAAGGCUCGCUUUAUUAUGAUGAAAAUUAACGGAGAAAUACAUAUCGAAAAUAAAAGAAAAUCAGCAAUUAUUGAACAAUUGCAGAAGCAUAAGUUCAAGCCAGAUCCUGUAAAACAAUGGAAAGAUGAACAAAAACGUAAGGAAUUGGAAAUGUGUGGGGAAGCAAAUCUUACCGAAGAUGAGGAAGAGGACGAGGCUGAAGAAAAUGAAGCUGUCAACGUCGAACUUGAAAAGAAGGUUUCCGACUAUGAUUAUUUAGUUGGAAUGGCUAUUUGGAAAUUAUCUAUGGAAGACAAAGAUAAAUUGCUUGCUGAAAGUGAAGCAAAAAAGAAGGAAUUGAAUAUUUUGAAAGGAAAGGAAUGGUUUGAUUUAUACGAGGAAGACUUGAAAACAUUUUUGGAUGCUUUGGAUGCACAGGAAGAGAAGGAAACUAAAGAAGCAAAUGCUGGAAAAAUCAAACCAAAAAUGAAGGCAGAAAAAGCAAAAAAGCGUCAAGUCAAAGAUGAUAGUGAUUCGGAUUCUGAUUUUAUUGUCAAGAAGAAAGAGAAACGUCGACAAAUAGUCGACGACGACGAUGAACCUGAAGUAGUUGUUAAGAAGAAAGAAAAACGGCGCCAGAUAAUAGAGGAUGACGAUGAUGAUGAUUUUGUUAUUACCAAUAAGAAGAAAAAGCAACCUAACAAAUAA